AUGACAUGCGAGCUGCAACAACAUGUUGUUGGUUUAAUAUACGGACGUAAAGGACAUCUUAUAAAUUUGGAAGCCGUUAUAAAAAUGAAAAGUGAAGGCACAAGUAUGAACACAGAAAUCGAUGCACAACAAAAUCAUGACGAUCAAAAUCAAAACAGUGAAGUUAUGGGCAGUGAAAAUAUUGAAAAUGGAGAGGCAAUAAAUAGCAAUCAUCAUUUGUGUGAACCAUCAAACCAUCUAGUCAAUAAUACAGUACCUCCUAACAGUCAAAUGAGUAGUACAUGUGGUACUCUUACACCCAGUACUAGUACUUCUACCCCAGAGGAAGCAUGGAAACCAAUAAGUGAUAAACACAAGUUAAUCUCUAUAGACUUCCUUUGUCAAUAUAUGCUUGAAACUGGUGUUACUACUACUACUACUACUGGUUUCAUCAGUGACACAACGGAGUGUAGUGCAUGUAAACUGAGAAACUGCGUGCAUUAUGAAACGGAAGUCACCAUGGUUUGCGCAGCGUGCCCGCGAUUCCCUCGUCUUUGUUCAGCACAAUGUUUUCGAUGGUGGCACAAUGUUCAUUUACCGGCAUCCGGUAAUAAACCAGGAACAACAAUCGAAUCCAAUCAAACCGAUACAACAAUAAGAAAAUCAAAUGACCAAGUUAUGGAUUCAGAAUCCCAGGUACUUGAUCAAUCAAGUGAAUUUAGAGCGCCUGAGGAAUCAGUCCUCCAACCUUGUACAACAUCCGUACGUCGGAAAAAGAAACCGACGUAAAGCAGCCCGAUAUUGUUAUGUAAUAUUUACUGUCCGAAUUCAAGAUAAUCAAUGAAGGCGAAUGGACAAAUUAAGCAUUUCGAUCUACGACGUGAAAUCUUUAGACGCUGAGGGUGUCGGUGUUCACGGAUAGUACGAUUUACACUAACGCAAGAUAAUGAUGUAUAUUUCGUAUAAACGGGUAUGUUUACAUGGAGUGCGCGCCAACAGAAUGACAUCUGACGCAUUGUAACCGCAAAGAGAGCAUCAUUUCAAAUAUUACGUGGAAUUAUAAUGAUAGUUUCAUAUUUCUUAUAAACGAGUGUUUACAAGAAAUGCAUGCCAUUUUUACAGUCACGGUCAGUUAUGUUAUGAAUUACAAUCGCAAAGUAUCACGAAUUGAUACUUUUUCGAAAGAUUAAAUUGUUCGGUUAUUGUACAAGCAAUCACAACAGGUUCUUUUAAAUGUUAAGUUGUAAGCAUUCCCCUUAAGUAACCUUCAAAGUUGAGGGACAACCCGAACUUCGUUCCGUUUCUUGAUGAUAGAAAGGGUCGACUGGAAACCACUUAUAUUGGGGUAAGUACUAUGCCCACACGUUUUUGAACGCUAUUUCAGAAAGAGAAGAACGUGCUGGGAAGCUGCAUAGUGGUUUAAAUACAAUUAUGGAUAAUAUAUCAUCGGCAGCACAUUUAUAAGUUGAAUACAAGAGGGAGCUAUAGAGUACUUGGGAUGAUAGUACACAUUUGCAAUGUUCAAUGCUAACCUUAUUGGUCUUACCAUGGAAAACUACGACGUUUUCGAUGAAAAUAUAGUUGUUCUCAAACACUGGUGUUGUUAUAUAUUUUCUUCAUCAAAGCAACCAGACUUCAAGCGAGCGAAGAAUGCAAAUGAAAAGAGUUAAUUUUAGCUUUAAUAAAGUCCUAAAUAGUUGAGAUAAAAUAGAGUAUAAUAGGAUACUAACGCAAGAUCGAAUACCAACAACUUCUAUAGUAUUCGUUCCGCGUACACCGAAGGCAAGGCAAAAUACCAAAAUUGACAGUCCAAAUUCCGAAGUAUAUUUCGGGACCAAAUCGUAGUGCGAGGUUGAUUGCUUAAGUAGCUAGGGUUCGUGCAUGAAAGUGACACGACGGCGUGGAUGCUUGACUGUGAGCUUGCAGCUAAACAAGUCGACUAAAACAUCCUAAUGUUCAGUGAUGAAUGCAGUGGCUAAUAAUUCUGGAGAAUUACCAACCGUUACACACUCUUUGUGACUAACUAUAUCCAAUAAAGCUAUAUUAUAUUUCAAAAUUACUCUUCUUGUCCACUCACACUUCUCUUUAUUAUAUCUUUUGAACUUCGCCUAACCCUCUUCUCUUGCUUUGCGUGCUACAUGUAGUGUGGCGACUUUAUCUGCUGCACGUCUGUGCUAAGUUCUACGUUAAAACCAGUCAGUCACUGAUGCAGUCAAUCAUUUUUAAUCGACCUGAACAACUGGACCGCCUUAAGCACCAUGGGUGUACAUAGUAAAUGAUUUAUUAUUUGCUAGCAUCCUUGAAUAGUGAACAAAUACCACCUACUUUUGAAAUAAAAGAGCAUAUGACCACUAGUAACAUCUUAUAAGUUUAAUUGUUUCACUAAAUUUUUCUCUUUCACUUAGUUCCUAGUUAACCCCACUUCACUUCUUGAAAAUAAGAAGUGAUCAGUAGCGGUGGGUUUGCAAGUGAUACCAGUGCUAAUUCCCAUGUAAGAGCUUCAGAAAUUAUAGGCCCAUUUAAUGUAUGAACUUAGAGACUACACCUGUUGUUUCUUUUGCCCUUAUCUAUAAUUUCAGACAAAAAAACAGCACUCAUGAA